AUGAAGAAAGCAGGACAAGGGAAAUCGUCGGAGGCGCACAGGAGCGUCAACCAAGAGAGGCUGGCCUACGUAAUGUGCUGCCUCGUAGGGAAUGAAGUAAACGUUUAUAUGAAGGAUGGAAAGGAAGUUAAAGGGGUUCUUCCAAAGAAGGACCAAGUUAGCGGCCCAAUAAAUAAAGCAAUGAUAAUUCCAGAAAAUUUGUACACAAUAAUUGUUGGAAAAAAUAUGAACCUAGAGUUAAAAGACCCAGAUGGGGGCCAAACUGUAAAGGAGAAGUUUCAAAUUGAUGCAGAUAUUUCGGAAAAAAAAAAAAUAUAAAUGAAAGAACCAUGGGAUCAAUUCGAACACAACAGGAAGUUGUAUGGAGUCACCAGUACGUAUAAAGAAGAGUUAUACACCACAAACUUAGACGUGAACAAAAUUCCGCAGCAUGUAAAAAUGCAUGCGGAUAAAAUUGCCAAGGAGUUAGAAAAUAGAGGAAUGCACCUCGACCCCGAGGAUGCAGAAAGGGACAAUAAAGAAUUGGACGAAGAAGAUUUAUUCGGAGCCGUUAGACAAAGUAAGGAUAAGUUCGGAAAAUUUUUCAAAGGCAAAAGGGAGGAAGGAGGAAAAGGCAGCCAGCCACAGGGCAGGUUUAACCAGUUAGCCCUCAGAGACUUGAAGGAGAAAAUCCAGUCAGUCAAAAUAGACAACGAGAAGAAAUAUCCAACGAACAAGCAGAAAAAAAUAAAUUUCACGCUAUCGGCAAGUGGGGAAGACGUUGAAAGCAGCGAGAAAAACAAUGACUCAUCAAAGAAGGAAGACGAAAAAAGUGCGGAGUUUAUUGGAAUCAAUGCCCUAAAUUUGGAACCUGCGUUGCCAAGACUGGAUGAAAAAACCCGAACAGAAUGGAUCAUGUUCAAGAAUAAAGCAAAAAAUAAAACUGUCAACAAAAAGGACAAAUCAACGGAAAAACAGGAAUUUAUAACAGCAGCAAAAGAGCUUAAUGAAAAAUUAGCCAAGUAAAUGAGUACACACACGAACGAAUCGAAGAACGAAGGGAACUUUGACCAGCUGGAGGUCGACAAGCCUCCCUCGGAGCUGCAGACAGUUGAGUCAAACAUUACAGAGAACGUCAACAAUGGCAACGUCGACGAAACAGAUGAGAAUAUAGCCCCCGAAAACGAAAACACGAUAGUAAAGAGCAACACAGUGAGUUUGAGUAACUCGAGCCUACGUCCCUACGAUGCCUACGUUUUAAAUUUUAACAAUUUUAGUAACCUGAACAAUAUUAACAAUCUGAGUAGCUUUAACAAUUUGAAUAAUCUGAACAGUUUGAACAAUUUGAAUAAUAUGAACAGCCUGAACAACUUAAAUAACCUGACCAGCCUGAACAGCCUAAGUAACAUUAGCAGCAUAAACGGCAUUAGCAAUCUGAAUGACCUGAACGGGUUUAACCAGGCCAAGCAUUUUAACAUGAAGCAUGGCAUGAUUGGCCACAACCCAAAUGUGGACAUGCUGGUGAACAAGUUUCAUAACAAUGCCAACCACCACCAGAAGUACCCAUCAUAUAGGAAGCACCAAAAGGAGUUCCAACCCUUUCCGACACGAACUUUUGCGCCGAAGAAAAACUUCGACUCUCUUAUGAACAACACCCUGAGGAACUCCAAAAGGGAGGACUCCGUAAAGAGUCCCACCCACUUCAGAAACAACAAGCUGUAUAGCUACAAAAACGUGUUCGGAGGACCGCCUGCGCGUGCACCUGUUCACAUAUACAAGGAGGCAAACCACUUCCCCAGAAACAUACCAGUGCAGCCAAACGUAUCAGGCAUUCUGGUAAAUGUCCCUGUGAUACCUGUUGUGCACCCAACAGUUAGUGGACCAUUUAUAGAAAGUCAUCCCCAAUAUUAUACCCCCUAUGUCAGAGGGCACUAUGCGAAUAAUUCCAUUCCAGCGAGUGCAAAUGCUGCAUAUUAUUAUAACAUCCCCGUAUCCAGUGUGGACAGUAAUUAUUCUCCAAAUAAAAACAUAAAUUUGUUUGCAGCGGCAAAUCCGCAUGUUCCAAAUUUGCAUGUACAAUCUCCACAAGUGCCAAACGUGCACGUACAAACUCCGCAGGUGCCAAGUUUGCAUGCGCAAAAUGCACACAUUAAUAUUCCCGUAACGCCAUAUAUAACCCCAACCCUGAACUACGGCGUUAACAGCAGCAACCCUCUGAACAUGACAAAUAAUGCCAUUGUACCAAACCCAAAUAUUAACAUUCCGCCGUAUCCCCCAGAAUAUGUUGUUGUGAAUACCCCUAAAUAUCCGACCACACAGACAGUGCCCAUGCCUGUUUACCCACAGUACCAGUACCAAAAUUAUUAUCCACCGUCAUCAUCCCAUGGGAUGAAGAAUUCUUAA